GGGUGCUUUGCUGGCAUUCCCAAGCCUCCUGCCAUCCCGCAAGCUUCGCCUGCCCUAUCUCCCUCUUCGGCUGUUUGCUACAUGGAGAACAAGAGCUGCAAAGGGGACAGCCUGCGGCCAGCUGUCCAGUGCAAACACUCUGUCGAGAAGAAGACAAUGACUAAUCCCACGACGGUGAUUGAAAUCUACCCAGACACCACCGAGGUGAACGAUUACUAUCUCUGGUCCAUCUUCAACUUCGUAUACCUCAACUUCUGCUGUCUCGGCUUCAUCGCUUUGGCCUAUUCUUUGAAAGUCCGGGAUAAGAAACUCCUCAAUGACCUGAACGGAGCUGUUGAAGAUGCCAAGACAGCCCGGCUUUUUAACAUCACCAGCUCGGCACUCGCCACUUUCUGCAUCAUCCUUGUCUUCAUCUUCCUGCGCUACCCGCUCACUGACUAUUAGAGCAAGGCCAGCAGCCGCUGCCGAAAUGCCUCAGUGCCAGAAGUGUCCAUCGAAUUUCCUCCAGCAAGGACAUGAAACAACAAUCCAUCUUGAUUGCAAAAAAUAAAUACAAAGUAAAACCCACCAAGCAACUCCCAACCCUGACUGGUAUUUGAACUUCUGUAGAAAAAGAAAUUACUUUUACAUUUUUUACAGAAAAAUAUUUAUUUUCAUGAUAAACAAAAGUGGGUGAUGACAAUAUGCAAAGCUUAGAACUAACCACAACAUGAGCCAAUAGCUGUGUAGCUAGAUGCUGCAACCAUAGUGGCGGUUGAGGAGUCAGAGAGAACAUUGUGUCAUCGACGAUCCGCUGAUUAAAGUUACAUAAGCAGCCCAAGCGCUGAGCUGUGUUUUAGAUGGAAAACAGCAAAUAGCCCUAUUGGGAGAGCUGAACUCCAGAUCUACCGGGAAGCAUGUGCACUGAUUUAGAGCUCAAGAGAGGGAGGAAAAAUGCCUGCUACUGCGAGAUAAAACUGAGAAGUAAAGCAGGGCAGAUUCAGGACAUAUCAGAUGUGUUCAGGCUGCUACCACGUCCUCUCUCUCUCUCUCUUCCCCUCACUCCCCUGUAUAUUUUGUUCUUUUCCUCUUUUUAUACAUUUAUUCAUUGAAUUUCAUUUGAAGGCCAGACUAGUUUACCAUUCCCCGUCCCCAGAGAGCUUUAUCCUUGAGAGUUCAUAGUAGAGAAUCCUGAAGCCGCCCGAUAAACCCCAAAGAAUUAAAACAAAACAAAACUCCUCCAUGGAAUCUCCUGCAAAUGCCGAGAACGUAGGCAACCUUUGGAGAACUUGCAUAUAUCCUGUAUACCGACUCC